AUGUCUCUAUUUCUGGAGUAUAACAUCCCUGUAACCCUGAUGUUGCAGGCUGGCUUCCACUGCAACAUCGUCCUCGUUGACACUCGAUGGCGGGUAGGGAGCAGGGGUGCUGAAUAUUCUUAUUAUACCAUGGCUACCAAUACAUCUACUGGUUCAUCUAAAGCAAACAAAAGAAGGCACCUUUCUUCAUCAUCUGAUGAAGAAUUAUCUCAAAUAUUUCCUGAAUCUUGGCCAAGAUUCUUAGUGAUUUCAACUGUUGAUGAAAGUCCUUUAAAACUCAACCCGUUUGCGAUCUCAAAGGGCAUACAAAGUGCCUGUGGUGAGGUUAAAAAUGUAACACGUCUCCGUGGUGGAUCCAUCCUAGUAGAAUGUGCACGGAGACAACAAUCUGUCAAUCUGCUUGAUCUUCAGCAGUUUGUAAACACACAGGUUGUUGUCUCAGCGCACAAGACGCUGAACUCAAGUAGGGGCAUCGUUCGUGAUCGAGCUCGCUGUCUGUCAGACAUGACAGAAGGAGAGAUAGCAGACGAACUUCAAAAUCAAGGUGUCACCGCAGUUAAGCGGUUUACGAGAAAAACUCAAGAUGGAACCAUUGUCAAUACCCAAACCUACCUUUUUACUUUUUCUGUGACAACUCUUCCAAAGUUCAUAAAAGCUGGUUACUUUAACAUCGGAGUGGAGGUUUAUGUUCCAAAUCCACUCCGAUGUUACAAGUGUCAAAAAUUCGGUCACGGGGCCAAAACUUGCACUAACAAGGCCAGGUGUUUCCGUUGCAGUGAAACUCACGAGAGUUCAGAAUGCACAAAUGAGAUCAGGUGUGCCAACUGCAACGGGGAGCACCUAUCCUCAUCAAAAUCCUGUCCUGCUUUUGAUCGGGAAACAAAAAUUUUAAGAAUCAAACAUACUAACAACAUAUCCUACACUGAAGCUAAAAAGUUACUACUUCCAUCUCAAACACCUUCUACUAAAAGUUAUUCAGCUGCUGUCUCUUCCCCAGUGCAACUUCCCAAGGUAACUACGGUAUCCACACACUGCCAGACUUCUAUCUCCUGGUUAAAAGAUGAUAUCAUUACACUUGAGGACUCCAUUCAUAUAUCUAAGGACCUCCCACAGAUAUCAUCAUCUGCCACCCAAACUGAGACCAUUCACACCCCACCUACUGAACCAAAUGUAGCUGUAGCUGAAACACGUCAGGGCAAUGCCCAUUUAUCAAAUAAAGCGAAAAAGCAAAUGAGGAGAAAGGCCAAAACACUCCAACACUUGGAGGUGCCUUCUCCUGUGACAACCACUGUAGAGGUUCAUAAUCCGUUUGAGCCUCUGGAGAUGGACGUCACUCCCACACAACCGGUCCAUGAGAGUGGACGUACCUCCCGCUCAAGAUCCCCAGUUGAGCCGCCAUGA